ACUUUUAUGGGGUUUUUUUUCCUUUUUUUGCUUCCAAAAAUCUGUCUUAUCGCAUAUAGUAACAGGCCCGGAAUGUAAUCUCACGCAAAAUUCUACGGGAUUAAUUCUUUCAGUAGGUACUUGCUUAAACAAAAAAAUUAUAAGAUAGCGCGAUUUACCAUACAUAUUCUGACUAAUAUAUUGAACUUAGCUCGUUAAGCCGCAUCGAAUGAGCUAUCAUUUAUUGAUAUUCCACCAAGGAACUAGUGAUCGGACGGUAACCUACUACCGACAGUAUUUCUCGGUAUUUUGGUUAUAUUUCGUUAUUAUGGGUAUUUUAUUGGUAUUUUCCAUUGGUAUGACUGUACUGAAUGAAAUUCCGAUCACUACAAGGCACUAA